UUUUUUUUUGUUGACAACAAUUUCAGGAGACGCCACGUUUAAAUGGUCGAUUGAAGAAUUUCUCGAAAACCCAGUGAAAUUCAUUUGUGACAUGGACAACAACGCAGGUUCACUUCAAGAGGAAAAAGAAGAUUUCAUACUCCAUGAAAUUCUACCGCAUCUAGAAGAAUCGUGGGGUAAAUGCCCCUCUUCCAAUGAGAAAAUCUACGAGAUCUUAUCCAGAAUAUCUUGCAGCAGAAAGAGCGCCAAAGUCGUGAGGCAAGCUCUUCAGCUGCUUCUUCAUUUGAUCUGCAAGGACAACUUUGAUAGCUGCUACGAGAACGUGCUGGUUGUGGAAGUCGUUAUAAGGUCAUCUUUUCUCUCGCCCGAAGGACUGUUCAAAACCGACCGACAUUCAGAACGAGAACUCAAACUUUAUGUAUACAGCCGUAUUUUGUCCUCGCUAGUGAUACAGCAAGUUCGGAAAGGGGAUUUGCGUAUCGACACCCUGGAGCAAGAUCUUAAAAAGCUACAGAAAGAGCUGAAACAGUUUGGCGAUCAGCUAAACAACAAAAAGAAGGAUGAUUUCCGAUAUUCGAUAGAGUUCAUCCAGGAGGCAAUUCCGUGUCUGUUGAAACCUCAAGAUAAGUUGAAAGUGCUGCUAGACGAGUGCCAAGAGUUUUGCUCAAACCAGAAAAUCACCAGUGGCGAUUUAAAGGUUCUUCAAGGGCUCAAGAAGAAUGGCAAGUGGAUUGAUCUGCACUGUAUCUUGAUUUAUCUUCAUGGGAAGGUAUACUGUGAGCGUCCUGUUCCACAAAUGGAGACUGAGAGACGGGCCAUGAAACUUUUCAGACUUCUCGUGGAAACGUAUUUAAAGAGAGGUGGUGGAGAUGACUGGAGGUUUUGUUUGUUAGCAGCAUCGAUUUUAUCAGAUAUUGCGAUGAACAACGCAACGAAAGAAAUGAGGACGGAAGCAGGUGGAUGCUUAGUGAAUCUCCUUAAAGAUACAAAAGUGCAGAGAAGGCCGGAAUGUCGUGCAUUUCUUCAGCGGCGAUCUUCAGAAGUGCUUCUCUGUCCUGAUAAAGAAAUAAGGACGUUUUUGGUUCAUUGUGUAUCCAAAAACCAAAAUUUGCAGCACGACCUUCCCGAAGACCUUCACAUCAAACACCUGUCCUCCACGUACAGGACACCGACACUGGAAAUCAACCAAACAAUAGUAAGCCAAAGCUCGGGUUGCUUUGUCAAGCAUGGGAUGUUCCAAAGAAAGAAAGUGGCCGUGAAAGUCCUGUUUGUCAAGAAGCAGCACCUUCUGGAGGACAGUCCCUCUACCAACGCUAGAGAGAGGCUAAUCAGAGAAGCCGAUUGCCUGAGAAUAUUAAACGAGUCUCGACACCCAAACAUUACUGUUCUCCUGGGCUACGACACGAAAAAUUUGCCGUACCAUAUUAUCACAGCAUUUGAAAAAUGGGGAAAUCUUUUGCAGUUUGUCUGUCGAUCCCGCGAAAACAGCCCUCGUCUCCAGCCAGUCCAACUUCUUAGGAUGCUCGUAAACAUAGCCGACGCUCUGUUGUACUUAGAGAAGUUGGGCUUGGUACACCGCGCUGUCAUGGCAGCAAACGUGCUUGUGGGUGACAACUAUGUCUGCAAAUUGAGUGGCAUGCAAUCCUUACAGCAGCUUACGAACCAAACUGAAAAUCCGGAUUCACUGUAUAGCUAUUGUUCAGUGGAUGAUGGUCUUCCAGAAUUCAUCAGCACAACAGCUGAGGAGCUGCCGAUGAGAUGGCAAGCACCAGAGUGUCUUUUGGAGCACCGUUAUUCCACUGCCUCUGAUGUGUGGGCCUUUGGGAUGCUGAUGUACGAGGUGCUCACUUAUGGAUGUCUCCCUUACAGACACGUCGGGAAGGAUGAAGAGGUUUCUCUGUGUAUUAAGAACCGCAAAGAGUUACUGCUUUUUGAGCAGUGUUUUGAAGAAAAGGAGUAUGAGCUGAUGAUGCAGUGCUGUGAGCUCCAGCGACAUAGACGACCCAAAUUAUUUGAUGUCAAAGCAAGGCUUAUCGAAAUGCAUGAAAAUGCAGGUACUUGUGCAUAUUAUUUUCGUCUUUUAAUGCGUCAUACUAUUAAGAACCGUAAAGAGGUACUGCGUUUUGAGCAGUGUUUUGAAGAAAAGGAGUAUGAGCUGAUGAUGCAGUGCUGUGAGCUCCAGCGACAUAGACGACCCAAAUUAUUUGAUGUCAAAGCAAGGCUUAUCGAAAUGCAUGAAAAUGCAGACCUGACUUACGAACAGCUCCCCUUCCAGUCAAUAGAAGACCACCAAGAAACGCCAUAUGAACUUAACGAUGACCGCCCCUGGCACUUGAGCAAGGAAACGGAGAAAGAUUUGGAUGGUACAUUGUCAAAACGUGAUGAUUUUCCCAAAAGACAAAUGUUUCAGGGCAUGCCUGUGCUACGUGAGAAUAUUGCAAAGGGAGAUGUUCAACAUCUGAAAAGACUUCUCGCUCUUAAAAAUCCAAAUCUUGUCCCGAUCUGGAAGAUGCAUAAUUUGGAUUCGCACAGUCCAACUGUGCAAAUUAUCUCAAAAGAGGCCCCUCUUGGUAACCUGAAGGAAUAUGUUCUUGACAAGAGAUGCCGAAUUGGUGACAUAGUCACCUUUCUGUCUCAAGUGGCGUCUGCUCUACACUAUCUUCAUGUGAAUCACAUCGUACACGGAGACCUCAGCGCUGAACACGUGAGCGUGAUAGCGCCAGACAAGGUCCAGGUUGGUCGUCUGGGUCGCUCUAAGCCUCUUUAUAUGAGCGCUUAUGAAGUAACCAGUACUUCAUGCGUGGUAGAAUCUGCCAUGCUACCUGAUGCUACUCGCCGGAGUGCACCAGAGGUAAUCUUAGAUGGGCAUUACACGCAUGCCAGUGAUGUUUGGGCAUUUGGAAUUCUUGCUUGGGAAUUGUACACAUCGUUCACAACUGGACAAGAUGGGCCGCGAGACCUCUCAGUGCCGUUCUUCGAUCUUGAAAGACAUGAGAUUCUGCCUCAUAUAAGACACCACGGACCGCUGAGCAAACCUGAGGGCUGUCCAGACUGGGUAUAUAUCCUAAUGCAUCAAUGCUGGGCAUAUGAAUCCGUGCAGAGACCACCCGCUCUCGCCAUCUUUGAUUGCCUCACGAGCAGGGAGCCAAUGACGUCCUGGAUAAUGAGAUCCUGGCUGAAAAGUCACGACGAAAGUGAAUGGCCAGACUUAACUAUCUGUCAGACAGAGGAUGCUUGUCAUGUAACAGAUAUGAAGAAUCACCCCUCCAAGGAAGUCAUCGAGAAGAUGUGCUCAGACGAGUUCUUUACCAAGCACAUGUACAAAUACGUCGACGUUCCUUCCGUAACCGUAAGGGACGACGAAGAGGAUAAUUACUCACGUUGUCCGAAAGUUGGAAACUCUGAAGCGGACGAGCGUUUGGACAUAAGCUCGAAUUACGAAGCUGCCUACAUUAGUCCUAAUCCAGUGGAAAGAGAUCACAAACUUAUGACAAUUAACCAAGAACCUCGGGAACCAUUCAGUAAUGAAUCAGGCUACUUGAGUCCAGCUGCAAUGGAAGCUGAACAACGUAGUGAAACUGAACACCAUUCCUCCAAUCAGGGCCUAACCGAGGGACCUGGGAGCAAGAGAAGUCACACCGAGAUAUACCAAGCUGAAGCUGUUUCCAGGACAGCACAAGAAGGCACUUAUUCUCAAGUGACAAAGAUUAAAAAGCGCGUUGUAGAGUACAGCAACACUGCGUUCAGUUCUGAUCAAGAAGGGGCCUCGCGGGUUGAAGACGCCGAAUCUAUCCCAAACUACGAUAAACCUCGUGUAGCUUACGAAAAUGCGCUGUACAUUCUGGAUCAAGGCCAUACUUCCGCGGAUGAAGGCACUGGAUUUAGCCCAAAACAGGAAGCAUGCCUUGAUGAGUAUGAAGCCGUGGACGGCAAUUCAUCGGUGUGCUUGUAUCAGAAUGCCGCGUUUUGGGCAAGUACGCAUCCCACGGUUCCAGACCAGUUGGUGCCACAGGGCGAUCACCUCUAUGCAAACAUGCAGGAGAAGGUAGACGGGGUUACUGGUACAAGGUCCCUGCUGGGUACGGAAACUGGGCAGCCCCACAUGGAAACUCCCUACCAAGAACAAGAAACGUCCCCACAGCUGGGUCAUGCGCUUCAUGAUAUCGCCAACAAAAACAGUGCUGGAGUUUCAGACCGAAAUCCCAUAGCACCUUCGUGGCUAAAUGAUCCUAAAUUGGAGGUAACAUUUUAUGUUUGAGGCUGCCAGGUGUGAUACAAUGAUCAAAUUAGAACAUCAUGAUCAUAAACAAAUAAUAUAAACGUGACCGACUGUGUAGUACGUACAUAUAGAGAGAGCUAUUUUGUUAUUUACUCUAGGAGAGGUACAUAUAGAGAGAGCUAUUUUGUUAUUUACUCGAGGAGAGUUUUAAAAUUGAGUGUAUAAUUCAAUAAGCCAAUAGGGAGACAACCUUGGAUGAUUCUAUCGUGCAACUGAUUUAAUUUGCUGACUUCAUGAAGAAUAUUUUCGUGAAUCUUCACAAGGAAUUGUUACUUAACCCAGGUGCUUAACAUUGCUGUACAUAACUCAUAAGUCGCAAGUCUCCAAAACGGGCAUUAAAUGCCAAUUAAUGGACUGUACAAUUAGUUCUGAUGUUCUGAGUCGUUAGAAAAGGAUAUAUAUAUAUAUUUGUUCGUGCCCCAACACACUUUAUUUACAUUGUUAAUUAGUCGAGUGAGUCACUGAAUCAGCCGUGUAUCUCGGCAUAUAUACACUGGAAAAGUGUUGAGGUCGGUCCCAUAUGCGUAUUUUAUAUUUAAAAAAAAAAAAAAGAAUUUUUUCAUUACAGUGAAUUUUAACCUAAUUUUACAAUAGAUUAUUUUUGUUAGAGUAUAUGCAUGACCUCGUCUCUCACUUUAUUAAUGUAUCCUUAUACAUUCGCUAAGCAAAAUGUGAUGAGAUGUUUGGUUUACUUAGUUGAAAAUAUUAUAGUUCAGUGGUGUAUCAUUUUUUUCUCGUUUUAAUAGUGGAAGAUAUUUUGAUACUGUAUUUUUUUGAUGAAUUUUACAAUUAGUCAGGUACAAUUGGAAACCCAAUUGAGGAGCAAGCGUGAACGUUACUACUGUUUUCGGUACACGCUUUUAAAAUGGAAAAGAAACUGACAUGACUAAGAUUUGGAUGUUUCAUCGAUAUUUAUGCAAUAAACUUAAUGUUACAUAGUAUCUAUCACUCGUUCGCUGUGUUCACUCGUGAGAUAUACCAUCAACCAGCAUCAACACGAGAAGAUAACAUUAGAUGAUUAUGUCAUAUUCUUUAUGGAAUACAUUACUGUAAAUUCAAAAGAUCUGCUUUAGCCGCCAAAUUGGGGCCGUUUGGACGGGUAAAAUACAGAGCCUUCAUAGGAUCUGACUUGGCUAUUAAGGUCGCAAUAGCCUGGUCGCAAUGUCCCUGGGCUGCAUUCCAGGCUGGGCUGAAAUAGUUCUUUGACCCAUGAAUUAAACUGUACCUCAAACAACUUAACGACAGGCUGCAUCAGACGUUCGGUCUCCUGGGUGAAAUUGGAACUUUGGCGGGGCUGAAAACAGAUCUUUUGACUUUGCAGUGUGUAAUUGGUGUAAUAAAUGUUAUUAUUUUUAUUAGUUAUUUUGUUAUAAAAUUUGUAUUUGGCUGGACAUCGGUUCACACCAGCUGAUCAUCGACCGGUGGAUCGGGUAUCACGAUGAAUAAAGUAGGUUCUAGUUUGAA